AUGCACGUGGGGCCGCUGAGGGGACGUAAGCGGGACUCGAGCGACGGGAGGACGCACGUAGGGCCCCUUAGUGACGUGCGGACGCACGACGGGGCACUGAGGGGACGGGCGCUGAGGGACGUGGGGGCGCUGAGGGAUGUGGGGGCACUGAGGGACGUGGGGGGUGCUGAGGGGACGCCCACGAGGGGUGCUGAGGGGACGCCCGCACUGGGUGCUGAGGGGACGCCCGCGAGGGGUGCUGAGGGACGUGGGAGUGUUGAGCUUAAAUAUCUACUGGGAAACCUCAAGAUUUUGCAUGUCAUCAUUAUGAAAAACAGAGAUUACAAAAGGAAACCGUCGCAUUUCACUCGGUGGCCCCCAGUGGGAUUGGAUCUGACCUGUGUAACUUUUCUUUGUGAAGACAACCACCGCCUGGGGAGACGUUCCUUUUCCGAGACACUCGAGUCCCGCCGCGUCCCGGACGCUCCGCUUUCCCCGCGCCCGGAUCCUCCCGGGAACCCGCGCCCCGCCCGCGCGCUGGUCCCGCCCCCGCCGCCUCCCCGCGCGCAGCCGCCCGAACCCGCCCAGACUGAGCGCUGGAGGUGCCGCAGCCGCCGCCGCCGCCGCCGCGAUGUGACCUUCAGGGCCGCCAGGACGGGAUGA